AUGGCAGACAAACAGGAGUCCGAGGCCAAAACUGCGGCCUCGCUGGUUAAGAAGGGUUCUGCAGUUGUGUAUAUGGAGAGUGAUGCCCCACUUGCCAAACUUGAGGUGUGGGCAAUGAAUGCACCCGCAGUAAAAAAUGAUCCGGAUCUGAUGUUUGCUUUGUGUUCCGUUGAGCCGUCAUCUACAGCCAACAAGCUCAUGUUGAAGCAGAAGGAACCUCCCACCAACGAAGUGUUUGAGGCUCCGAUCAAUCAAGUGUUUAAUGCAAAUUCAAACUUAGACCCCAUGGCUUACAACGACAUCGGCACGAUCCCCCAUCAGAACAUUCCUUGCGUCUUGGAUUUCUUGCGCGUUCGGUACAUGAACAAGGUGAUGUACACUGCAGUCGAGCCAUUGAUUGUAGCCAUCAACCCUUUCCAGGAUCUGCGCAACGGAACAGAUGAAGUGAUUGCCCAGUACCGCGACGCAGCCGACUGCGAUAAACUGCCGCCCCACAUAUUUCAAAUAUCGCGGCGUGCAGUAGAGAAUCUCCACGGGGUGAGGAAGAGUCAAACAAUUGUCGUAUCAGGAGAAUCUGGAGCUGGAAAAACAGAAACGACAAAACAACUGAUGAAGUACUUCGCCAGCGCGAAGUCGGGGAAUUUGGAUGCGCGGAUACAGCAGGCCAUCAUGGCAGCAAAUCCUGUGCUGGAGGUGAGUCACUUUUGGCCGGAGGAGAUAGCUCUGCACAUGGCCUUCGGUAAUGCUAAAACAGUCCGCAACAACAACAGCAGCCGGUUUGGGCGUUUUAUGCAACUCGAUGUGGCCAAGGGAGGGGGCAUUCGCCACGGCUCUGUUCUUGCGUUUCUCCUGGAGAAAAGCAGAAUUUUGACUCAAGACCAGAACGAGCGCUCGUACCAUAUAUUUUACCAAAUGCUCAAAGGAAGUACACCGCAAAUGAAGGAACGUUACAAGUUGCUAGACUGCAGCAAGUACCAGUUUCUGAAUCCACACUGUGUAGACGCUCCCGGUGUUGACGAUCUCAGUGAAUUUGAAUCCGUGGUGAAAGCCUUCGAGUCCAUGGGCCUGAAGGAGGAGCAGCGGCACACCAUUUGGUCUGUGGUGUCGGGAGUUUUGCUGCUCGGCAAUGUGGCAACUGUCGGCAAAAAAGAAGGCGGGGUCGAGAAUGCUGCUGUCAUAGCCGGGGAGAGUGCUCGCGUGUUGAAGGAUGCCUGCGACCUUUUGUUUUUGGACUCUGAGCGCGUCAUGAACGAAUUGACUAUAAAGGUCACAUACGCUGGAAACAACAAAAUUGAAGGACGCUGGACAGUCGAAGACUCUGACAUGCUGCGUGGUUCUCUGGCGAAAGCAGUGUACGAGAAGUUGUUCUUGUGGAUUAUUCAAGCGCUUAACUCCACUAUAGAACCCCCAGGAGGAUUUCAAACAUUUAUGGGGCUUCUUGACAUCUUCGGCUUUGAAGUCUUCCAGAACAACUCCCUCGAGCAGUUGUUUAUCAACAUCACCAACGAAAUGCUUCAGAGCACGUUUAUUGAGGUGGUGUUUGCACGAGAAAGCGCUCUCUACAAAAGCGAAGGGAUUACCGCUAAGGAGAUCGAGUUCACUACCAACAAUGACGUAAUAAGCGUGUUGAUUGACAAGGGAAAUUCCAUCCUCAGCAUUCUCGAAGACCAGUGCUUGGCGCCCGGUGGCAACGACGAGAAGCUUGUUAGCGCGUGUUGCACGAAGUUGAAAUCAUCCUCGAGGUUUGUGCCUGCCAAACUUGACGCUCAUAGCGCAUUUCUCAUAAAACACUCCAUCGGGACCAUCAAGUACAACGCACAAGGAUUCGUCUUCAAGAAUAAGGACGUUCUAAAGCCAGAGAUGGUUGAUGUCGUGCAGGCCUCGGGAAACCCGGUUGUGCGCGCUCUCUUUGAAGGGGUGAAGGUUGAAAGAGGGAAGAUGGCGAAGGGGUCGUUGAUCGGGUCUCAGUUCUUAGCGCAGCUCAGUAAACUUAUGACACUCAUAGGAUCAACAGAAGCCCACUUCAUCAGGUGUGUAAAGCCCAACGAAGAGAAAAAGCCAUUGCUGUGGGUACAGAGCAAAGUUCUCAUCCAGUUACAUGCGCUCUCUAUAAUCGAAGCGCUGCAACUGCGUCAACUGGGAUACACCUAUCGGCGGCAGUUCCAGGAAUUUGUGGAGCAGUUCCAAUUCAUCGAGUUGAGCGCGGCACAAAUGGCGGACAAGAGAGCCGCUACAGAGGCAAUUAUUGCCUCGGCAAACCUGCAGAGCGGCACAUACGCGUUUGGGAAAACCAUGGUGUUCUUGAAACCCGAGAGUGCGAAGUAUUUGGUGCACUUACAGCGCACGCGGCUGUCUGCAUGGGGCCCCCUUAUUGGAGUCUUAGAGGCGAUUUACGCGCAGAAAAAGCUGCAGUCCAAGAAACAAGCAUUUACGAUAUGCUCAAGGAUAUGCGCACAUGCACGGAGAAAGCUGGAUCAGCAUUUUUGA